AUUCAAGUAAUCACAGCAGCUCAGCACAACUGAAACUGAAGAUUAUGGAAGAAGAUUGAAUCAAUUAAUAGGAAACCAUGGAAAUAUUUGGGAUAUAGUUGCAAAAAAAUGCAGUUCAAGAACAUGCAAACAGGGGGGAAAUACUGACCGCCAAUCCGACAUGGCUGCAAUUGCACACGCCAAGAUACGGGUCAGGUCACCCUAAAUGCCGGUCCACUCGCUCACAGAAAUAAAAGGUCAUCACCGCUGAUUCAGCGCCAACCACCACCACCAUCGUCACCUCCAGAAAAGACCCGAAUAAGUCUGAAAUAUUCACCUCAAAAACGUGAAUAUGAAAAAACAGUGAAUAAUCAAAUAGAAAGCCAAUGGAAACCAUGGGAUGUUUGCAGUAUAGUAAUGGUGGAAAGAAUUGCAGUUGAGCUUGCGAACGGGUAAAUAGGGAAAAGGACAUGGACACCACCAUGGCUGCAAACACACCAAAUCCGGGAUUGAAGUGGAAAUGGUAGCCAAACAUGCAUUUGAUUCCCACACAUACUAUUACACAGAGGCUCAGAUUGUAUUUUACCUAUCAGCAAAACAAGAGCACAACCUGCCAUGGCUGCAAGAAACUGUCAAGCCGUUCAAGUGCCCAAGCCAAGAUACAAGAGGUCCCAAAUUCAGUUUUCAUUAUGAAAUAUCAAAAAAUGAUAAUCACUGUAUCAACUUUGAAAAUCAUGGUUUCAGUUAUACUGGUUAUCCCAUAAUUUCAAUUAGGUCAAUACUUUCCCAAUCAAAGAAGAACCAACAGGUGUUUUCAAUCCGUAGAAUUUUUAACCAUAUACGGAGUACAACACAAACUACAAGAACAAGCAAACCCAGUAAAAUCCCUUAGAAGUGGAGGAUGUAUUUAUGCAAAACUUACCCUAACUAGUAAGUAGAGAGGCUGUUAAGAAUGAAGAGUGAAAUGCUUUCUGAUCUAAAUGGAAUGAAAUGAAAUGCCUUCCGACUUAAAUGCAUCUUAGUACAUGAGGCUCAGAUUACAUUCACUCUAUCAGAAAAACAGCACAAGGCACAGGCAAACCUAGCCAUGGCUGCAAGAAGACAACUGCCUCGCCAAGAUGCAGGCCACCUCACCCUAGAGAUCUGAUUUUUGCAUCUAAAAAAUACUCCGUAAAAGAUUAUCAUCACAGCCUCAACUUUGAUACAUUAAGGUUUCACACAUUCAACUAUUCAAGUAAUCCCAGCAACUCAGCACAACUGAAACUGAUUAAAAAUAUAAUAAUCCCUCCGUCUCUUAAAUAAAUUGCAUAAAUGCAAUGAAAUAGACGAAGGACCAAAAUCGAUCCAUCGCCAUUCAGGGCUGUUGAAUUUAAGCUUCACUUAUUCAGGAAAAUAAAGAUAUCAUGGGCUAAACGGAACUACACAUAGAAAACGAAGCAACCACCCUCUGAAACUAAUCGCCUCUUCUAUGUGUCCCAGAAAGCCUCAACCUGCGUGAGGAAAUUGAGAGAAACUCAUUUUCUUUCUUUUUCUUCCAAAUUCCUUGAACCAAACAUAUUGUAAAUAGGAAACCAUGGAAAUAUUUGGGAUGUAAUUGCAAAAAAAAAUGCAGUUCAAGAACAUGCAAAGACGGAGGAAAGACUGACACCGCCAACCCGCCAUGGCUGCAAUUGCACCAAAUCUGGGUGUUAUCGGGUUGCUGCCACGCCAAGAUACGGGUCAGGUCACCCUAAAGGUCGUUCAAUCCGCUCCCAAGAAACAAAAUAUAAUCACCGCUGAUUCGGCACACACCACCACCACCGUCACCUCCGGCAAAGACACAAAUAAGUCUGAAAUGUUUGUAUGUACGGGAGUAAUUUGUUGAUCUCGAGGGUUGUUGACUGCAAAUUCGAAGGGGACAUGUCCCCUCCCUAAAGUAGAGAUGGAGGCAACCGCCCUUAAAUGAAACCUAAAUCUAAGAUCUGCUCUUCCCAAUUCUUACUUCUUCCCUGUUCUCUUUUAUAGUGCACUCUACAACAAUUAGGCCUUGUUUGGAUGGACAGGUUUAAAAUUCAAAAAUAUAGGAGCAAAAAUUGCAACAUAUAGUGCACUAUAUUCUUAGGAACAAAAACAAGAGGAACAAAAUUAAAAAUAUUGCUUUAUUUUUCACGUAUAUCACACUCCUUCCGUCCCACAAUUGGUUAGAAUUUUUCUAUUUAUUUUUUUCACCUCUUGUUUAGCAAUUCCUCCGUCCCUGAAAGGUUUCCCUUAUUGACUUUUUGGGAAAUUAAUGGAGGGAUAUUUUUGUGUUGACUUUUCAAAAAUACCCAUGAUGUAAUGGGUAAAAGUAAGAUGUGAUGGAUAGAUUAUUAGUAAAAAGUAUGAUGUGAUAAGUAUGGUAUGAAAAAGUAAGGGAUAAAAGUGAUUUUUUAAUAGAUAAGGUAACAUCUUUUGGGGACAACGAAAAAAUGAAAGAGGAAAAUCUUUUAGGGACGGAGGAAGUAAAAAUUUUGAUGUAGUUUUGAAUAUUUCAGUUUUUUUUGGAAAAUAUAAAAAGAAAAACUUGGAUAUCAAAAAACAGUGAAUAGUCGAAUACAAGGCCAAUGGAAACCAUGGGAUGUUUGCAGUGUAGUAAUGGUAGGAAGAAUUGCAGUUGAGCUUCCAAAAGGGUAUAGAGGGAAAAGAAUACAAACACCACCGUGGCUGCAAACACUCCAAAUCCGGGAUUGGAGUUGAAAUGGGUGCCAAGCUUUCCAUACAUACUAGUACACAAAGGCACAUAUUGUAUUUUCCCUAUCAGCAUAGCAAGAGCACAACCUGCCAUGCCUGCAAGAAAGUGACUGUCAAGCCGUUAAAGCACCCAAGCCAAGAUACAAGAGGCCCAAAUCUAGUUUUUUAUUAUAUACGGAGUAAUAACAAAAAAUGCUCAUCACUGUAUCAAGUUUGAAAAUCAUUGUUUCAGUUAUACAGGUAAUCCCAUAAUUUCAAUAAUGGUUUCUGCCUUUCAAAUUUUUAACCAUAGAUCGAAAAAUUAAAGAAUGUUAGAACAACAAGCAAACCCAGUAAAAUCCCUCAGAAGUGGAGUUUGUAUGUAAGCAAAACUUACCCUAACCAGUAAGUAGAGAGGCUGUUAAGAAUAAAGAGUUAAAUACCUUCUCAUUUAAAUGAAAUGAAAUCCCAUCUGACUUUAAUGCAUCUCAGUACAUGAGGCUCAGAUUACAUUUACUAUAUCAGAAAAACAGCACAGGGCACAGGCAAACCCUGCCAUGGCUGCAAGAAGACAACUGCCUCGCCAAGAUGCAGGCCGCCUUGCCCUAGAGAUUUGAUUUUUGCAUCUAAACAAUUAUAAGAUUAUCAUCACAGCCUCAACUUUCAUACAUGGAAUUCAAACUAUGGAAAUUGAAAUGGGGA